AUGCAACAGAAGAAACAUGAGUCAGAAUUCCACAAGGACUUCCAUGGGCCUGCUGACAGUAAAACUUUGAAACGAUUGCAAAGUCUAGCGAUACAAGAUGACAAAGUGUUGGAGAGUUAUGAAGGGCAAAUCAACACAAUAUUCAAGAUGGCAUCUGUCUUGCAAAGCGGACAGGAAAAGUCAACACAGGUGGCUGAUGAACUAUAUAGUAAGCUACGAGAUGAUAUUCCAAAACCAUCGGUGAGCACAAUCACAGCUUUAGCGAUCCAAUUGAACAAGUUGAAAAUAUUAGACACUAAGCUUCGACUUGACUCUAUCGACUUUGCGAAAUCCCAAGCGGUAAAAAAGGUUGAUAGUUUGAAGAUCAAGAGUGAGGAAAUACAAAAGGAGAUUGAUUCAAUCCGGUUAAGGUUGUUAAACAAGGAGACUGAAUUGAUAAAGGCUUACUCAAACAAAUCAGACCAGUUGAUCAAGGAGAUUGACGACUUUCAAUUGACCAAAAUUGCACAAGUGGAGCGCCAAGCUCAGAAGAUCCAAUUUCAGCAUUUUCGAAUCCUAUUGGAAGUUGCUUUGCAAAAAAGAGACAAUAAAAAGUUAUUUCUCCAUCAUCAGCCAAUUUUGAUUUUAGAUGAGUUUCUUGGUUAUAAUCUUUCAGCAAUCAAUCAGUUUCUCGAACGACUUGUUGUUUUGCAAAAUCAACUUUCGCGACUAUUUGACAUCCACCUACCACACUCGCGCACAUUGACAAAGUAUCUACCUGAUACCAAAUUUUAUGACCUUUUGAAAAGAAAAGAAGUGAUGAUUACGGGACAAAAAGAAUCCAUGAUCGAUGAUAAUGAUGAUGACAGAGAACAAAAAGAGACUACACCCAUGGGUAUAGACAAUGUUUCUGAAAAAGUGAUCAAGUUGGGCGAUGCUUACCAGCUUCCGUUAUCUUCGAAAACGUUAAAUUUUCAACGCCGUGCGGCAAGAUUGACGUCGCCUAUUGAGCCUGUUGAGCUCAAUAGUAUACCAGUAUUCAGACAAAACAGUACGAGCUCGUCAACCACUAGAAAGAUCACCAUUCCGCACCGAAUAAUUAACAAACCUUUUAACAAGCUAUCAAUAAAAGAUUUUCUCGAAUUUAUGGUGGUGAUUGUGAAAAUAGUUGCCAAUUUCCAAGUAUUAUUGGCAACUUUGGUAAUUGACACAUCAGAGUUUACGAUUGAAGAUUGGUGCAAUUUUGAGAAAAUAUUGGACAAACUCGCAAAUGUUGAAGAGUCGGAAAUCGCCACUUUGAACUCUAUUCCAUCUGGCUCGAAAUUCAAUCUAACGUCCAAUUCCCAUGAUUUGUUACAACAAGUGUACAAGUCAAUUGUAAAAUCCACGUAUGCUCAAAAGCAUCACAACAAGGCUCUUGCUUUUCAAACAUUGAAUUUCAACAACUUGUUUUUGAACGAGUCAAAGACAAGCCGUGGUGAUGAUUGGGAUUUGAUUAGUGAAAUAUUGUAA